AUGAGUCAAGCUUCUGAUCAUUCCACAGAUCAAGCUUCAAAUUAUUCUGCAGGUCAAGCUUCAAAUCAUUCCUUUGCAAGCUCGGAACAAUUAACGUUCACGGAUAUCAGUUUGACCAUCUGGAAUCAAUUUAAACAAAUUUUUAAUCAGAUCAUAACUGAAAAUAAUUAUACUUUGGAGGAGAUGUGUUUUUCUGUAGCUAUAGACAUUCGUUUAUUGGGAGAAAAUAUUAAGAAGGCGACAGUACAAGGGUUUUAUGAGAGAAAUAUUAAAAAGAAGAAUGGUUAUAUUAGUACUUUAGAUCAAAUUG